AUGUCUCAAGUUCAAAAAAUUACCCUAACUUCAAUUGGCGUCCUGAUCGGUUUCUUCUACUCAUCCAUUUUCGAAAUCUUCGAUGACUUUUUGAGCUAUGACGUGGCAAACAGUAGCACUGAAGUUGCUCUCGAAUUUCUUCAACAAGCCAAUAAUUAUUCACAUAAUUCAGAUGAAAUCGCGAAAAAAGUUCGAAUAUUUUGCUGGAUUUUGACUGGGGUGCAGAAUCAUGAAAGUCGUGCACGGCAUGUCAAAGCCACGUGGAUCAAGAGAUGUGAUAAGUUGGUUUUUUUGAAAAAAAAGAAAAAAAAACAAAAAUUCAAAUUCAAAAAAUUAAUUUCGCGGGGCCGCGCGGUGUGCAAACACCGCGACGCCAAUAUGCACACAUUUGUGUUUUUUCGAAAAAAAUAUUUUUUUUUCUGUUUCUCAAGGGAUUUUCGUGAUUUUCAAGCCAAAUUCAUUGAUUUUUUUCCAGAUUUGUCUUUAUGUCAUCAGCCGAAGAUCCAACGCUCCCAUCAAUAAACCUGAAUAUUUCGGAAGGUCGAAAUUAUUUGUGGGCGAAGACGAAAAAGGCGUUUAGCUGGAUUUAUCAUCACCCGGAAAAUUAUCUGCAGAAUUAUGACUGGUUUUUGAAAGCUGACGAUGAUACUUAUGUGAUAAUGGAGAAUCUGAAAUCCUUUCUCUCUUCAAAAUCGCCACACGAUCUUGUUCAUUUCGGCUGUCGAUUCAAGCCAUUCACAAAGCGAGGAUAUAACACAGGAGGUUCUGGAUAUAUCCUAAGUCGUGCAGCUCUUCAAAAAUUCAUCGAAAUCUCCCUUCCAAACAGCACUCUCUGCUCACAAUCUCAUGAUGGUCCGGAAGAUGUGGAAAUCGCGAAAUGUUUGGAAAAUGUUGGAGUUGAAGCAGCGGAUACGCGGGAUGCUGAAGGGAGACAUCGAUUUAUGGCGUUUGAGCCGGAGAAAAUGUUGAAACCCGUUCCAGAUCCACGAGAUUCUUGGUUUUUGAAUUUUAGUUGGUAUCCUUUUCAAUAUGGACCGAAUUGUUGUUCAGAUCAAGCGAUUUCGUUUCAUUAUGUGAAGCCGAAAAUGAUGUAUUUGAUGGAAUAUUUGAUUUAUCGUGUUAGACCUUUUGGAGUGCAAACGGGAUUUUCUAAAAAUGAGUCGGAAUCUUAA